GAGAUUAAUCUGCAAAAGAAACCAUCUACCUGAGCUUCAUUACAAUCAUUUCUAUUACCUAAAAUGGGAAUCAAACUUUACACCGUUGUUUUCUCCAUUGUUAUUUUACAUCUUCUUUUGUCUGCUCAAAUGCAUCAAAUACACUUGGAAUCUCCUGCUCCACAACCACAUCCACCACAGUCGCAACCUCAACCACCGCAUUACAAUAGCUCUCAAUACGGCACUACUGAAGGCAGUCUUCAACCCCAAGAGUGCAGGCCACGAUGUGGAGAAAGAUGCUCAAAUACACAAUACAAGAAGCCAUGUUUGUUCUUCUGCAACAAAUGUUGUACCAAGUGCUUGUGUGUACCUCCAGGUACUUAUGGCAACAAGCAAGUCUGUCCUUGCUACAAUAACUGGAAGACUAAGCUCGGUGGACCAAAAUGCCCUUGAUUUCUCCUCUUAAUUACCUCCAUAAAAUUUGUUAAUCCAUCUCUCAUAAUGUUCUAUAUGUAUUGACGCUUUGCAUUAAUCACAUUCUAGAACCACUUUGAAAGUUUACAGCUUAAAAACAUUUACUAGCCCUGAAUUAAU